AUGGGAAACUCAAAAAGCACUCGAAAAUUUUUGGAACUGAAACACCUUGAAGAAAUCACUGGUAUAAAUCGACAAGAAUUUUCCAAGAUUCACGAAGAAAUGAAACGUAAAAAUGGUGACGAAGAUGUAGUACUUAUUGAUCGAAGUGAUUGUCGUCAUUUUAUCAAUCGAGUAGGUGUUGGUGCUUAUAACCAAAAGCAAGUGGAUAGUGCAUUCGAAAUUUUUCUUCGUGAUGGGAAAAUGACAAGUGAACAACUUUUUUCUUGUGUAGUCAUGUUAAGCGAAACAAUGGAUGGUGUCGCUAGACUUACUUAUGUCGUGGAUACGCAUAAUCCAAAAGGUGCUAAUGAAACUAUUAUUACACGUAAGUACGGACAAAGGAUUUUGAAAUAUGUCGCUGAAUUUUAUGAUAUAAAAAAAGCUGCUGAACCUGCACAAGUUUGGACUCAGAUUUGCGGUGAAAAUGAUCCCACACAAGUAACACGAGAUGAAUUUAUUAAAUAUAUUAGCACAACUGCUCCAUACAAAGAUUUUUUAAUUUAA